AUGAAGAGUUUAGACUUCCGAAUCCGGAAGCUACACGUCAACACCGACGCCGACAAGCGUCUACAGAAGCGACAACCUUCUCGGAUCUAUGUCAACGAGGAGGCUCUGAUCGAAUUAACGGGCUCAAAAGACGGUGGCAAGGCUGUCUGUAUCGAAAGGAUCCAUGAGCUAAAUGCUGUGAGGCGUGAGGCCACUCUGUGGAAGGCCCCCGAAAAGCUGGAUAAAGCCGUCACACAAAUGUACGACGAUUUUCGGACUGCCUGCGGCUUCAACCUUGGCGAGCAAGUGCGCAUCACUGCGCUUGGCGGAGCUCUCCCAGACGCCGAUGAGGUCAUCGUCGAGCAAAAGCCGAGCGAAGAUGGUUCGCUACCAGACCCCAUUUUCCCCGAAGAUCUCCCAGGCUGGAUUGUUCUUAUCGCAGGGCGUCUCUCACAAAUCGAACAUGUACACACCGGCUGGACCAUCAAGGACCUCUACGUCCGGGGCCCAAAACGUUCUUUCAUUGUCACCUCGGUCAAUGGGAGGCCUACUGGUAACGCACGAUAUAUCGACAGGAAAACCCGGCUGGUUGUUGGGACAGCGGCGCGCACGAACGAGACUGGCGAGGGACCAGUCAAACCUUUGGAGAGGAAACUCGAAUUAAGGGGUAUCCAAGGUCUGGACGCACCCCUCAAGAAGCUCAACGACCUGCUGCGAGCCUUCACCUUUGGAGGCAUCAAGAAGAGCUUCACGUUCCCAGGCAUCGUCAUCCAUGGUGGCCACGGCACUGGGAAGACAAUGCUCCUCAACAGUCUAGCCCACACAGGCUGGGGAACAGUUUUCCGUAUCAAGUUCAAGGACAAACUCGGCGAGAUUCAGGAGACUUUUCAGACAGCAAAGCUUCAGCAACCAAGUAUCAUCCUGAUCGACCAGCUCGAGAGGCUGAUUGACAAGGACCGCAGCAACCGAGAUGCCGUCAUUCUCGCCCUCUGUGAUUUGUUGGACGGCCUGGCGGCAGAAAAAUCGACGAAGGGAGAGGCCCCCCAGGUGCUCGUGGUGGCCACCUGCUUGGAUUAUACGUCCGACAUACCCGAAGACCUCAAAGACCCCGGUCGGUUCACUUCUGAGAUUUACCUUCCCAUGCCAGACGUAGAGGGUCGCCGUGAGAUUCUCUCAUCGUUGGAUCUCUGUGUUCCACCAGACCAAGAGGACGAGCUUCUCAACCAACUGAGUGCAAGCACUCACGCCUACAAUGGCAAGGACUUGAGGCGGCUGGCAGACGAAGCCUGCUUGAUCGGUACAACCCGUCAUCUAUCGACACUUACGGUUUCUGCGCCCACCCCUGACCAAUCUCGCCUUCUUUCUCCUCCACCCGAAACCGAAGAGGACGAAUCUGCUCCCGCUUCGGCGCCCGCCACCCUCAUUCCCGCCGACUAUCACAAUGCGCUCCGGCUUGUCCGCCCGUCCCUGAUGCACGAUAUCAACCUCAAGCCGCCCCCGAUCCACUGGGACGACAUCGCCGGCCAAUCUCUCGUCAAACAGUCCCUCCGUCGCGCCGUCCGUUUGUCCUUGGAACCCCCCGAGGUCCUCGCGCAAUUCUUCGACCGUCCCCCGAAGGGCUUCCUGCUGUAUGGACCUCCAGGUUGUUCCAAGACCAUGGCGGCUCAGGCCAUGGCUACCGAAUCCGGCCUCAACUUCUUCGCUGUCAAGGGUGCCGAGCUGCUGAACAUGUACGUUGGUGAAUCUGAGCGAGCCGUCCGCCGGUUGUUCCAGCGUGCCCGCGAGGUUGCCCCCAGCAUGAUCUUCUUUGAUGAAAUCGACAGCAUCGCCGGCCAGCGCUCUGGUUUCUCGUCUUCGUCUUCCAAAUCAAACGGUUCCAGCGGCGGUGUCAACGUUCUGACGACGUUAUUAAACGAGAUGGACGGUUUUGAAGCCCUCCACGGCGUCGUCGUCCUGGCAGCGACCAACCGUCCCCAUGCUCUUGACCCGGCAUUGCUUCGCCCAGGUCGAUUCGAUGAACUGAUUUACGUCUCACCGCCAGACCAGGAGGCACGCCGUGCCAUCUUUACCAAGGUCGGUGCCAAGAGGAAGAUGAACGACGACGUAGAUAUCGACAAGUUGGUUGAGGAUACGGAGGGCUAUUCCGGUGCAGAGAUCAAGGGCAUCUGCGCGGCAGCAGGAGUGGCGGCUUACGAUCGGUUCAUCAAGGAGGGAGGUACGGACGUGGGAAUACGGAUGGGUGAUCUGGAGCAUGCUAUUAAGAACCAAAAGAAGCAGAUCACACGGGAGAUGAUCAAGGGGUUUGAAGACUGGGAGAGGCAGUUUGGGAAGGUUUGA